AUGAGUAACGGUGCGUUUGAUGCUAUUUUUGAGUACGCAUGGGGCCAAAUUGACAAACCCAUCAGUGGAGACUUUAUAUAUGGUAAAGAUUUGCCAAAGCUAAUCGAGAUAAUUGAGAAUAUCUUUCAAAAGGCACAGAAAAGUGGUUCCUAUGAGCUUCGAUUGCCAUUGUUUUCAGAAAUCAAUAAAGAUUUGUUUCGCACGUUUUCUAAUACAAAAACCUUCUUUAAAAUACACAAAGAAGAAUUUGACGAUAUCUUCUUCAAUUUGGUUAAUCACCCCCUCAGGGAAAUCUUAGAAAACGCGUUCAUUGGUGUAGAUUCUAUUCCAAGUGAUUUUAUCGUAAGCAUGAAUUUGAAUUCACCUUCCAAAUUUCUGGUUGAGAACAAGAACAAGAAUACAGAGGGGGCUGGAAUUUCGACACCUAGGAAGAAGCUUACUGAAUCACCUAUCAAGCUGUUAAGCAGGAAUAAUAUAGGAAAGGCCUUAGAGGUGCAGGUGGAGGAAUUGAAAAGAGAACUAACUGCGAAACAAAGCCUCCUUCAGGAAAAUGAACGACAAGUAAGCGAAUUGAAAAUAAGGCUCGAAACUUAUCAAGAAAAGUAUGCUUCCAUACAACAGCGGUUCAGCGACUUACAGAAAGCUAGACAAGUGGAAGAUAAUCAAAAUAGCUCCAGAACAUCUGACCCAGGAUCACCUCUGGUAACGGGAAUCGAUCAAAAAGCCAUUCUGGAAGAGUUUAGAAGAAGAUUACAGAGACAAACAGACACCAUAUCUUUCCUAAAGGAUCAAAUACGGCGAGAAAGGGGGCUCAAUUGCAGUAACGAUAAGGUAUCACAUUCAAAACGAAAACAUGCAACCACUGAUGGUGAUGGGACUUUCAAGAAUUUUAUUUCCGCGGUUCCCUCCAACAUAUGGGUAAAAGCAACAAUAAGAAUUAUAGUCUGUUUCGCUUUACUGGCAGGUGUCCUACCAUACAUUAGAAAAUACGUAUAUGCUCAUGACACACCAUCCCAAAACUCAAGGUUACAAUUAUCAUGGUGGGAAAAUAGUGGCAUAUUAAGCAAGAUUGUAUGGUUCUUUGAAGAUCAGACAGAUUUAGAAACUGAAUACCGUUCAAAUGCCAAUGUGGAUGACGCAUAUAGUAGAGUAUUCGGCAUUUAA